AUGGACGCCUCCUAUCAGGCAGUCCCCGUCCACCAGCGUCUCCACCUGAGUGAGGAUGUUGCAGGGGCGACAUUUAUGGCAGCAGGAAGCUCAGCGCCCGAGCUCUUCACCUCCGUCAUCGGAGUGUUCAUCACUAAAGGCGACGUCGGGGUCGGCACCAUAGUGGGCUCUGCCGUCUUCAACAUCCUCUGCAUUAUAGGAGUGUGCGGGAUAUUCGCUGUGCAGACGAUACACCUCACCUGCUGGCCUCUGCUCAGAGACUCUCUCUACUACACCCUGUCUAUCUCUGCUCUCAUAGUGUUCAUAUAUGAUGAAAAAGUGGUCUGGUGGGAGGCCCUCACGCUGAUCCUCAUGUACUUCGUCUACAUUCUCAUCAUGAAGAUGAACUCCCACGUCGUCCGUUUCCUGGAGAGGCGAAAGAAGAGCUCGUCCAGCCUGAGGAACGGAGCGGCCAACAACGCCGAGCUGGACGACGGCUGCGAUGCCACGGCUGUGCUUUUAAAGAAAGCGAAUCACCACAGGAAGCCGUCCGUGCUGAUGGUGGAUGAGCUGCUGUCUGCGUACCCCCACCAGCUGACUUUCUCCGAGGCCGGCAUGAGAAUCAUGAUCACCAGCCACUUCUCCCCCAGAACCCGCCUCACCAUGGCCUCGCGGAUGCUCAUCACCGAGAGGCAGCGUCUGAUCAACACUCGGACUCUGACCAACGGCGACUCCGACGUCCCCGUGAAGGGAGGAAGCAGGCGGAGCAUAGAAAACGGGCUGUCCGGGGCGGAGAGGCGCGCCAACGCUCGGCACGACGACCGCGAGGCCGGCAACGAGACGGAGAACGAGGACAACGAGAACAACGAGAACGACGAAGAGGAGGAGGAAGACGACAGAGAGGGGCCCUUUGUGCCUUUCCAGUGCCCAGCUGGAGUGUGUAAUAAGAUGAAGUGGCUGCUGGCCUGGCCUCUGUGUCUGCUGCUGUUCUUCACCGUCCCCAACUCGGCCACGCCUCGCUGGGAGAACUGGUUCAUGCUGUCCUUCAUCGCCUCCACCCUGUGGAUCGCCGCCUUCUCCUACGUCAUGGUCUGGAUGGUGACAGUGAUCGGCUUCACGCUCGGCAUCCCGGACGUCAUCAUGGGCAUCACCUUCCUGGCGGCCGGCACCAGCGUCCCCGACUGCAUGGCCAGCCUCAUAGUGGCACGGCAAGGGAUGGGAGACAUGGCCGUGUCCAACUCCAUUGGCAGCAACGUGUUCGACAUCUUGGUGGGACUCGGCCUCCCCUGGGCCCUCAAGACCCUGGCUAUCAACUAUGGCUCGGAUAUCAAACUGAACAGUAAAGGACUGAUCUUCUCGGUGGGUCUCCUCCUGGCCUCUGUGUUCAUGACGGUUCUGGGAGUUCACCUCAACAAGUGGACGCUGGACAAGCGCCUGGGCUUCACGUGUCUCCUCCUCUACUCCGUCUUCCUGUGCUUCUCCUGCCUCAUCGAGUACAACAUCUUCACCUUCGUCAACCUGCCGACCUGCCGGGACGACUGAGGCGCACGCACUCGUCCACGCACACCCACACACGCCGCACACACACUCGUACAGGAAGUAUCGAUAUCUGGUGGCGUCCGACGGAAGACUGACAACCGGGGGAGGUCCAAUUCUAAAUCUGACGAGUAAGGAUCGAUUGCAAAAUACCGUUUUGGCACCAAUCUGAUUCGCGCUCCUUCCUGCUCUUCUGUCUCUUUUGCGGAAGAGAUCCCGCUCUGCUAUUUCUUCUGUUUUUUCUCGGUGCAAUAUGAAGCCGCUCUGGUGUUUGCUCCUAACCAGACCAGAGCGAGGGACGGAUUAAGCAGAAGUGGAAUGAACUGACUGACGAAGGACACACACACACAACCACACACACACAAAAAAAACUCUUUGUCCAACUACUGCUCACUCCUUAUAUGAGGACCUUUUUAUUUUGAAACUCCUUGUACUUUGGGUGUGAUGUUUUCUAGCUGCUAACCUUUCCCUGACAGGAAAGGUAGGUCUUUUAGAUCUACUAGUUGAGAGUAAUAAUGAUUAAAAGCAAUGAUGUAGAGGGGUGGGAGGGCAUAGUUCAUAAGACUUGUCGAGUUGUUUGGACGGCUAGGGCCACGUGUCGAGGUCUUCAGGCAGAGAACAGAAUCUGAUAUGCAGAUGAGUAUAUUUUUCAAACGCCGUUAUCUUUGGACUGUUUUUACUUCCGUUGAGAGUUCAUAAUUAAGUCCAUCGAAUGAGUUUUCAGACAUCUACACCUACACACAACCAGGGCAUUAUCCUUUCACCUCUUCAUGAAUUAACUCGCAGUUGUAGGGUUUGUUUUCGUUUAAAUUAGCACCAAGCAGAGACUUUCUUUUUUUUUUUUUCUCCCCCACUUCCUCUUUUUGUAAAUAGCCCAUCUCUGUAAAUACCCCAGAUGUUUUAUUUAUUAUUUAUUCAUGUCGUACGCACAUCUCUCCUCUGGAGGUCACGAGAAAAUAAAAACACCCAGGUGGGUUUCAUUUCUGGAGCCAUC